ACUCGUUCGAUAAGUACUACAAUUACGUUACUGCUAGAGCUAACUAUAACUCAAAACCCGUGCUGCUGUAUCGUUAUUGAAGCCAUCGUCACCGGGUCCAGGAAAGCGGUAUACGGUGUAUCGCUAUAGCAUCGUGUGGCUUCGAUCCCUUAUCGCAACGACUCGUAAAGUUACAGCUCCUCCGGAAUCCGAAAAGUCGCGCAAGCUCGCUUACAGUUAAACAGGUAGGAUGCGCUCGUGGAGGAUCUUCAAAGGCCGUGAGGCUGCGGUACCGGGAUCGGAAGAAGAAGGUGUUCCCUGGACGACCGUGGGUGAAGACGCAUUGGGCGAGAACGAAUCGUCCGAAGCAAAUGCCUUUCGACCUUUUUCUUCUAGUCCGGAUACCAUCCCGGCUACAUCCGCAACACUUCGUUCGGCUGACGGCUUUAUUGGCUUUCGCUCGAGACCGCGACACGACGCCCGAGCGGAACGGAACAUCGCGAACGCGGCCAAGAGUGUUUGCGACGGUGUCCAAAAAAUUGUCCUCGCGGCCAAGGCCAAGAAAGACAGCCAAGGUGCCUGGAAACAGGAUCUACUAGUUCUUUUGGGUUCGGUCCCACCUCCCGCAGCGAUCGAGGAUGGCGAGGAGCCAGCAAUGGCGGAUAUAGACACGCUGCUGGAGUAUGCGCAACACGAAAAAUUCGUGCUCCGGUGCGUGGAGAAUGAACUGCCUCCAAACUUGGUUCACUGUUUGAGACUUUUGCGUGUACUAGAACUCCAACACGCCAGUGGUGAAGUAGAGAACGCUAAAGAGUCACAAGUCACGAAACACGAUAGCGUGGAAAAUGAAGAGGGCACCGCCGAUGAGGCAAUGGAGAAGGAAGACCAGCACCAAGAAGAAGAAAAUCCGGUUGGGGAAAUAGAAUCGGACACUUCUUCGGCGGUGUUGCAACCGAUUGGGCUUGUUGCCACCCAAAAAGUUUCCAAGCUCCUUUGUCAGCUCUGUCGAGACCCCAGUGUUGGGGAGCAGCUCCGACCACAUUUGUUUGGACUCUUUGCACUCUCGGGGGCUUCCUAUCCCCCUUCGGGCUUGCACGUGGCGCUGGCAGCUUCGGAUGUUAUCGUUGCCUUUAGUGAACAUUGUUUGAAUAGACAGCUUGUUUGGUUCAUUCACGAUCGGAAGAUGAUUUUGCACAUGACAGAUGAUGUGCGGGAGUUGUGCGGUCUUUCCGAAUCUGACAGCGCCACUCCAGCGGUACCGAUGGGAUUGGUCGGUCCUGAAGCGGAAAAAAAUGGCUUGUGGGUAGUAGCAUUGCGUACCUUGAUCAAACUUGUUUACUUUUCUUGUCGGCAUCAAAGUGUGGAACUCGUCAAGGACUUGGAAGGCGCUGGCGGAGACAAAGUGUUGUACCAAGCGAUAAAGAAGUCAACGCCACCGCAUGCAAAAGAGUUGAUGGAAUUGCUGCCGAUUUUGGCUUGCUGUCCGGACGUUAUGGUAGAGAAUCUAACCGAUGAAGUAGCCCAGCUCGCAACCAACCGAAAGGGCUUACAGAUCUUUGAGAUGCUACAAGUCGAAUCCAAUCUGGUUUUGCAAGAAUAUCGACGGACGCACAAAAGCAAACGGCCAAAUCCGUUGGCUGAGGGGAGCCUACCGCUACUGGCAUCGUUAUCGCUCAAAACUGUCGCUCGAAUACGUAAUGGAGAAAUUGAACCGAACGAACAUCUUAAAUUUGACGUGGCAUCGGAACUCCUCGAGAUCACGCUUCAAAUGUUUUCCGAUCAUCCCGACAAUUAUGAUCGCAUCGAAGGUUCUCUGCACGUUUUGUCGUUUUACCUUAUAGCAUUCCCGUGUUUUGACGAUGAUGGCCUCAAGACUUUCAUUCUUAAAACGCUCGAAUUUGUUCUGACUGGGGUGGGUGUUGCCGACGAAGUUACUCCGAUGAACGCUUGCGUGGAGGUUUUCUUCGCCAUGUGUCAUAUGCUGAUGAACUCGAAAGAAUUUAUCACUGAUGCCGAUGAAAGCGUGCGCUCUGACGCUGUGCAGCGCCUUGCGAAUGAUGCAGAAUUGAUUGGUAGUUCGCUCGAGAAGCUGUUGCAAUUUGAUCAAAGGGUGGCUCCGCUGAUGGUGGAAAGCGGAAUUCUAACGACAAACUUGAAAACAGUUCUGGAUCUGGUGGAGAUGCUUAAAUCAACUACGAAGCCGGAAAAAGCGCUGUGCUGUGGGUCAACGCCACUCGAUCAAACUUUUGUCACUCCAACGGGCGUUUCAAAAAACACACCAGGUAUUGCCGAAGAAUCCGACGCCCUAUCUAAUCUCUACCGUCUGCUACACUGCGCAAUGUUUGACCUUGGCUUGGAUGGAUGCCGAUCAGCUGCCUCUGUUUUUGAGGCAUUCCUAUCAUCUUUUGCGAACUAUGAAGAACUCAAGCGCGAUAUGCUUUUUGUAUUGGACUUGGUUAGUGAACUUGGUGAGGCUGCUGUCGCCACUGACGACAUUGCCGUGAAGGUGGCUGCGGCCGAGCGUGGGACAAUUCUUUUUGGAAUGCUACGCUCUGUACUGGAGGCCAGAAGUGUAGCUCGGGAUGCAUUUCGGGAGUGUGCUGGAUUCCAAGGAAUGAUACGGUUUCUUUCGUCGUAUCAAGGUUCGGUAUCCGAUAGUUCACCGGUCGAGUUAUCAAGGAAGGUGCAUCCAUUGGCUCAAAAUCUCGUAACUCUACGACGGCGGGCGAAGUAG